AUGAAUUAAGUACAACUAAUAUAGAAUUUUAAUGUAUAAAUGAAGUAUAGGAUGUAUGUAAAAUAUUUGAUAAUAAUGUAGUUUAUAGCUUUGUUUUUUAAAAAACACCUUAAAAGAUAAUUCCAACAAUAGAAAAUAGUUAGAAAUUAAAGUCUAUAACAAAUAUUUAAGAAUAAUUAAUAAAUAAUCAAACAAAUAAUAAUGCUGACGUAAUCUAUAUAGGACUUUAUAAUAAUUAAUCAAAAACAAUAGAUUUAUAAUUUAAAAUAGUUACUUAUAAUGAUGAUAAUAAUGAAUCUAUGUUUGAACGUAAUAAAAUAAUUAUUAUAAUAACUGCUUGUGUAAUUGCAACUUUAUUAUUAUUUGCUAUUGGUAUAUCUGCAUUAAGAACUAGAAAAUAAAAAUAAAUUAGAAAAUAAGUAUAAGAAGAUAUACGUAGAAAUUUAAAUAAUGAUUAAUAAUAAACAAAUAGAGUAUUUAAUCCAGCUAUAUAUAAAGGUAAUAUUAAUAUAAUUAAUAAGGUUUCUAAAUUAGAUUUAUUAAAGAUCAUUUUAAAGCUCAUUAUUAUGAUAAAUUUAUAUUAGUAUAUCCUGGAUUAUCAUAAUUUUAAGAAUGUGCUGUUUGUUUAGAAUAAAUGAAUAAAGCAAAUAAUAAAUUAUAAAGAAUUUGUUCUGUAACACCUUGUUUUCAUAUUUUUCAUUAUAUAUGUCUUUAAGAAUGGUUAUUAAGAUAAAAAAAUUGUCCAUUUUGUAGAACUGAAUAUACUAGAAAAAAGAUUAUUUAAGAUUUUCCAUGGUUAGAUAUUGGAAAUUUAUAAAUCAAAAAUACUGAUUCUAAUUAUUUAUCUAGAAUGAAAAAUUAAAUUGAAAGUGUUAAUGAAAGUCGUAUAGAAUUAAAUAAUCAUUAAUAAAUAUAAUAAACACAUUAAUUAGAAGAAAUUAAAGAUUGA